AUGAAAAGUCUUGAACUUGAAUAUUUGAAUUCUUUAAUAAAAAGAUUAGAAUCAUUUUUACCUACUACUACUGGUCAUACUAUAGUUGAAGUAGAAUUAAACCAACAAUUCAUUUUAACUAAAAAUUUACUUGUUUCAAGAAUCGAUAGUAAAGAUGGGAAAUAUAUCAGUUAUUGUUUAGAGAAAUUAAGUCAUUUAAUAUCGAAAACUAUUGAUAAUGGAGGUAAUGAAAUCAAAUUAAGAGAAAUGAAUGAUAAGUUAUUAUCGUCGAUUUUAAUUAUUGUGAAAAUUAUAACUCAACUAAUACCAAAAUAUUGGGUAACUAGAAAGAAUUUAACUACCUAUAGAAAUUCUGUUAAUAAUUUUGCCAAUAAUUUUGAAGUAUCUACCAAUAAAUUUUCCGAUUUUGUUCAUUUUGAACCUCCUUUACCCAUUAAAAAUGAAUUCAUCCCACCAAUAAUUGAUAUAAUGAUUAAAAUAUCCAGUGGUGAUAUAAUUAAAAGAAUUAUCAAUUUGAUUCAAAAACGUCCUAUUGAUGAGAAUAAAUAUUAUGGAGUUAAUCUUAAUGAACUUGAAGAAACUUUAGAUAAUUCAAGUAUAAAUACUGAUUUAAGUUCAUCGAAUUAUUUACCACCACAGAUUCUUAGUAAACAUGAAAAUGUCAAAUUGGAAGAAUUAUUAAUGAUGGAAAUUGAUAAUAAUAUUGAAAUCAUAUUAAGAUUUUUGGCUGCUAGUAAUCCAAUUCAAUAUUAUAAUUAUUUAUUUGAUCAUUUCUUCAAAUAUCAUAUAAUUGAUGAUAAAAAUAAUCAAAUACCUCGAACGGCAUUAGUUAAAUAUAGUCCAUUGAUAAGAUUUGUUUUCUAUACCAAAGAUAAUGGAUUAAAAAUGGCCAAAUGUGUUGAUAAAACUUUAAGAAUAACUAAAAACACCAUGUGGAAACAAAUUAUCUUAUUCUUUUAUGCAAAUAGUAUCAGAGAUCAAUCAUUUGCAAGGCCAUUGGAUUACGCAUAUAUUGUUGAAACUGAUGAUGAAGUUAUUGAAGUUUGUAAACAUAUAUUUGAUUUAACCUGUUCAAUCUUUGAAGAAAUUCCAUAUCUGGGAAUAUCAUCAGCAAUUCAAUGUUGGAUAUCAAUCUUAAUUCCAAGUGAUUUUAGAGAAUUUGAUGAUAAUAAAAAACCUAAUAAAUUGAAAAUCAAUUUCAAUAAAAGAUUGAAGUUUUUGAUUAAUUUACUUAAAGAUUCUAAUUCCAAAUCAAAUUUAACUUGUUUUAAUUCAUUAAUUAAUACUUUCCAAUUAGCUGGAAGAUUUCCUUUAAUCUUACAUGAUCAUCCUAUUUAUAAAUUUACUUUGAAUUAUUUGGACUCAACUUAUGAAAAUUUGAAUUCAAUUAACUUGUUGAAAUUUUCAUCAACUCCAACUUUAAGUUUCGAAAUCACCAAUAGUUAUGAUAAUUUGAUGAUCAAUUUCUUCAUAUCAGCCAUAAUAUUAAAACCUGAUAAAUAUUUAUCAAUAUUAAUGAAUAAUUUCAAACAAUUAACUAAAGAUAAUAAUUUUAGAGAUGUUAGAAUUAUCAUUAAAAUCAUCAAAUCAUUAUCUCAACAAGAAAAUACUUUACAAAGUUUCAAUUCCAUCAUUAAAAGCAUAGCUCCAUCAUUGAAAUUAAUGAUUAUAAACGCAUCAAGAUUAUUAAAUCAAUAUUAUGAAUUGUAUAAUCAAAAUUAUUCUAAUAUUUCAAUCAAUUCUCAUUCAUUAUCAGAUAAAAUAAGUUUACAUUCAAGUUCAAAUUCUUCAAAUUAUUUAAGAAGAUCAAGUUUUGAUGAAAUAACUCCAACUGAAAGUAAAUUAAGUCAAAUUCAAGAAAUUCAUUUCGAAGAUUUGAAAAUCAUGUCAUCAUCAAUGAAUCCAACUCAAGUUAAAGAUAAAGAAAAUGUUUCACCUUUCCAAAAUCCAAGAUUCUUACAAUAUACUGAAGAAACCUUAUCUGAUUUAUUUGCUAUAUUUUCCGCUGUUCCAGAAUUAUUCUUUAAUGAUUUCAAAUUCAUGACAUUGGAAAGAUUCCAGGACAAUGAAGAACAUUGUAGAGCAAAAAUCAUCAAAUUCGUUUAUGAUAAUAUAACAAGUUUAAAAGCAGGUUUACAAUCAAAAUUAAGUACUUCUACAAUUUAUGGGAAUUCCAAUGAUUCCCAUUUAUUCCAAUCAACUUGUGAUUUGAUCAUGACUAUUGUUGAUGAAACCAAUUUAGUGGCUAAGAAUUAUAAUGAGGUAACAGCUUAUACGAAUUUCCUCACAUGUAAUUAUAUUAUCAAAUCAAUUUGUGAUUCAUGUUUAUCAUUAUCAUUAGCUGAUACUAAAUUCAAAUCUAAUUUGAUUUUCUUGAAUGAAUUCCUUAAACGUAGAGAUCAAUUUGAUAAGUUUUUGAUAAAUAAUGAUAUAAUAGCUAACGAUAAAACUCAUGCUGAUGAUAAUGUUAUAUGUAAUUCUGUGGAAAGAGUUUUAUUAUUAUGUUUAUGUACUCAUGAUAUUCAAUUUUAUAAUAUCGCUAAAGAAACAAUGAAAUGGUAUUUAAAACAAAGUAAUAAUCCAAUUCAUGAACAUUUGAAUUGUUUCAAAACAAAUCUUCAUGAUACAUUUGAAAAAUUAGUUGAUGAUGAUCAAAUCUUUACUGGAUUUGUUUCCCUUCAUAAAAAAGUUCGUAAUAUCUUAAGAGAAGCUAAACCAACCAAAUCUUUAUAUCAAAUUUGGUUGAUUGUUUAUGAACGUUGGUGCUAUUUAUUAGAUAAUUCAAAUUUGAAAAUUAAUAGUGAAAAUUUACUUUUAAGACAUUUCACCGGAUUUUUAGUUUCAACUUGUGGUUGUUUUAUAACUGAUAGUUUUAUAACUGAUGAUCUUGAAUUGAAAUUGAAAUUACAAGCAUUUGUUUCUGAAUUCUUUGAUAAAUGUAUUAAUUUAUUAAAUAGUCAAGAUUUGAUUGUUAGAGUUAUCAUUAAGGAUAUUUUAUCAAAUGAAUCCCAUUCAAGUGUUUAUAAAUUGAUUUCAAAUAAAUUGAUUGAUGAAGUAACGAAAUUUGAAGAAAAUAGAAUAUCAACCGAAGAAAGUACUUUAUUUACUGAACAAGUUAUCACCAUAUUAACAUCAAUGAUCUCAGUUGAUAAUGAAGGUGCUAUUAUUCUUACCACUCUUUUACCUGAAAUUUGUUUGGUAUUAAUUAAAGUUAUUAAUAUAAUUGAAAAUCCUAUCAAUGCUACAAGAUUAAGAUUAAGAUUUUGUAGAUUAGUUAUCGUUAUUGAACAAAACCGUUCAAGAAUCUUAUUGUCAGGAGCUUAUAAGGUCAGGAACUUUUAUGCCAAAUCAAUGUGUGAAUGGUUAGAACAAUCAGCAUUUUAUGAUGAAAUUGAAGUUGAAUCACAAGUUGAAAAAUCCAAGGAAUCAGAAUUAUUAUAUAUUAAUAUCGAUUUAGCUACUGAAAGUUCAAAAGCUUUAUCUUUACAAUUAGAAGAAUUAAUAUUGGAAAUUCCUGAUGGUACUUCAGAAAAUGAAGUGGCUAAAUAUAAAGAUUUAGCUUUUGCCAAUUAUUUCUCCUUAUUUUAUAAGAUAUUAACAAAAUUUACUUCAUUGAAUAGUUUAAAUAAUCAACCAAUAAGUGAAUUUACUAAUCAUUUAAUCAAAUCCAAAUAUAAAAUUCAAAUUAUUGUUGAAAACGUAUUGAAAUGUAUUACUAAUUUAUUACAAUACGAUACUGAUAUUGGUUUACAAUUUGUUUUUCCUUUAGGUUAUCAUGAAAACAAAAAGAUUAGAUCAUUAUUCUUGAACGUUUUCGCUAAUAUGUUGUAUGAAAGGAAAAUGGUCAAUAAAUCUAAUGCUUUUGAUGAAUCUAUCUUGAUUAAUAUUGGUGAUAUUUAUGAUACGGUAAGAGCAACUUCAGCACUUGCUUCAAAUACUAAUAAUACUUUAUUAGCUAAUUCUAUUUAUGGCAUUUAUGGAUAUAUUAAAAUGUUGGAUAAAGUAUUUGAUGUUUUAUUAAAUGAAGAAAUUAAUAAUGUUUCAAGAACUUCAGAUAUUUUCCGUAGAAAUAGUAUUUUAACUAAAUUAUUAGCUAAAUUAGCUAAAGAUGAAGGUAUUGGAUAUCUAAAUAUUGUUUUAAAAGAUUUCCUUCAAGAUUUUACUAAUAAAGAAAUCAUUUUCAAUGUUGAAAAAGAUGGAGAAUAUGAUUGCAGUAAUGCUGAUUUAUUCAUGGAAUAUUUAACUAAAUUAAUUGAUUUAAUCAUAAAUUCAAGCCAUUUAAUGCCAAAAUCUUUCAAAUAUGUUUGUUCUGAGAUUUAUAAGAAAGUAAGUGAUAAAGUUCCUGAUUCAGGUUUAAUAGCUGUGGGAUCUUUUAUAUUUUUAAGAUUUUUCUGUCCUGCUAUUAUAAGUCCUGAAUCUUUCUUUGAAGUUGAUGUUAUUAUUAGUAAUACCAAUAAGAAAUCCGCUUUACAAUUAGUUAAAGUGAUUCAAAAUAUGGCUAAUAAAACUUUAACUUUCUUGAAAUGGAAGAGUUUGAAUUCUAAAAUGGAUGAAUUAAAUGAAUUAAAUAAUAAAAUCUUCAAAUUCUUGAAAGAUAUUUCAGUGUUUGAUGAUAAUGAAUAUCCUUUUGAAGAAAUUAAAGAAUUACCAAUACCUGAAUUGAGAUAUUACCAUAGAUUUUAUUUCACAUUUUAUAAGGAUAUUAAGAUCAGUUAUUUAAUUGGGGGAUUUUCCGAUGAAGAAUUGGCAAGAAGAGUUGAUGUUAUAAGAAUAGUCGAUCAAACAUUAAAGAAAUUGGGUCAACCAAGACCUUUACUUAAUUUUUCAUCCUCAAAAGAUGGUUUAGCCGUUAAAAGCUUUGAUAACUAUAAUCUCGCUAUGAAUCCAAAUAAUGGAUUAUCUUCAGAAUAUAAUGAUUUUAUGAAUAAAAUGUCAAAGAAAUAUAGUGAUAUUGUAUUACAAGUUCAAGUAAUUCAUAAUGCUAUUUUCCAUGAUGGAACUCCUGUAGUGGUUAUCAAUUUAUCAACUUUAAGGUAUAUUGAAUUUGAUAUUCAUUUACUUGUUUAUAAAUUAUUUGAAACUGCUAGUCAAGUUUGGGAUAACAAAUUCUAUUUCAUUUUUGAUUUCACGGAAUUUUCAACUGAAAUGCAUCUUCUUAUAACUUAUGCCACAUUAUUAAAUUCUUAUGCUCCACCUCAAUUGUUUAAGAAUUGUGCUAGAAUUUAUUAUUUUAAUAUUCCUGUCAAUGAUAUUAAAUUAUUUAUUAAUAUUGUUAGACCUUCAAGAGUUGAAGAAAAGGAAGCUAGAGCAAGAUUUUAUACUUAUUCUCAUUGUGAUUCAACGGAAAUUAUAUCUUCAUUAUGUUUAAGUGAUGAUACUAUGUCAAUAACUCGUGAUAAGAAAGUUGAAUUCCAUAAUUGUAAAGUAUUGGAUUCAAGAACUCAAACUUUUAAAUCUUCAACCCUUAAAAUUGGUAGACAAUUUUUAUUAUUAUGUUCAGAUGAAUUUGUUCCAACAAAUCAUGAAUUAUGUGCUACCAGAGGGUUUAGACCAGUGGAAAUUUUCAAUUUAAUUGAUAUUGUUAGAUGUGAAAUUACUAAAACUAGUGGUUCAUCAGAUGAAUUUACUAUUUAUUUAAGUAAUGAUUCAAGUAUUAUUAUCAAAUCAAAUGAAAGACUGGAAAUUCUUAGAUUUUUAUAUUUUACUACUUCAAGAUUACCAAAGAAUUUCAUCGAAAAUGAUGAUAAACAUUUUGGUAUUUCAGAUAUUUCCAAUUUAUGGUUUGGUAGAUUAUUUAAUUUAACAUUCCAAAGUUUAUUAACCGAUAAUGAAGAUGUUAAAACUUCAGGGGCUGCAUUAUUUGCAUCUAUAGCUAAUUAUUUUGAAAUUGAUUAUAACAUUUCAAGAAAUUAUGCUAAAAGUAUUGCUUAUCCUAUAAAUUCCAUUGAUUUUAUUGUUGCUAUAUCUGACCAUGUAGCUAAACAAUUCCCUCAUAUGACUUAUAGGUUUUUAAGAGCUUUCUUUGAUUCUUAUGAUAAGAUUUCUUUGAAUCAUAGAAUGGAUGCCAUUUUAUAUGUUACUCCUUGGAUUAACAAUAUUUGUGAUUAUAUUUAUCUUGAAAAUGAACAAUAUGGUCCUGAUAGAGUUGCUGGAUUAAUAAGACAUUUUUGUAACAUUUCAGCUUUGAAUAAAUCUACCGUUUCGGUAAUAAAUGAUUAUAUUUGGAAAAAAUUGUUCAGUGAGUCAAUUCUUGUACCAACAUUACUAGAUGAAAUCGUCACUUUUGCUAUGGAUAAUAGAAAUGAUGAUCCUGAUUGGACUUUCAUUAUUUCAGUAAUAACUCCAUCAGUUGAAAUUGUUGGAGAAGCUAUCAAUAGACUCAUUAAAUGUGUUAAUCAAACUACUAACAACGAUUCUGAUGUUGCUUCUGAAUCUAAAUUAUUCGAAAUCAUGAUUCUUGUUAAGAUUUGUUCCUCAUUAUUCUUUGAUGCUUAUAUUUAUGCCCAAUUAUUUUUGGCUGAUAUUUUCUUAUUAUGUACUUUAUUCAUUGAUAAUCCAUCAUUAGAAUUUGGUGGUGAUUUACAAAAAUUACUUAUCAAUACCAUUGAAUCAUUUUUACAUAAACCUGAUUUAUCAUUGGAUGAAAAGAAAGUAGUUGAGAAUACCUUGAGUUAUUUUACAAGUCAAAGAGCUAAGAUGUUAUUCGGAUUAACUAGAGAGAAAUCUUCGAGUUCAGAUAUCAGUCAAUUAUAUAAUAGAGCUGCAAGUUUUGAAAUCUUAUGUGAUAAUUUGAAUCAAUUCAUUACUGUCUUGGGAUCUGCCGAUGAUAGAUCUGGUUGGAGAUCAAGAUGGUCAAGUCAUGCUAUUGAUGUGGCAUGUAUUGAAUCUUCAUUAUUCCAAAUAAGAGGUAUUUUGAUUGUUGGAAUUUUAUCCAAGUCAGGUAUCAAUGAUGGUACAGCUGCUAAGAUUUUCAAAUUAAUGAGUAAGAAUACUUUUAAUAAUUCUUUGGAAUACAUGACAACAGUUUUAAUGAGUGCUUCAAGAAUUUUACAAGGAUUAUCAAUAAAUUCAGUAUUCCCAUCAAUUAUUAUUUGGCCACAAUUAUAUUUUGGUAUGUUGAAUUAUUCUUCUUUAUAUCAAGCCAGUAUUCAAUGUCUUUUAAAUACUUUAAUUAAAUUAUAUCAACAAGGAGACAAUUUCAUUGAAAGAAUUUUCCAACAAAGGAAACAUUUGGAUACUUUUAUCACAGCUUUUGAAGAUUCUCAUGGUUUUCAUAUUGAUGAAAAGAAUAUCUUAGUUUAUAUUUUCUUUGUUUUCACUCAAGGUUUAAAACUUAGUCAUAUCAAACAUACUUCAUUGAACUGUCUCAAAACCAUUUUUGGUCUUAGAUUCGAUAUUGAAACCCAAGGUGAAUUUGAAGUCCCUUCGGGUAUAUUACCUUACUUAUUUUUCAUUUGGUUAUCAACUAAUGAUAGUGGAUUUGAAGAAUUCUUAGAAACCACCAAUUAUAAACCAAGUCAAUGGAUUAAAUUGGAUUCUUCCACUUCCAAGAAUAAUUACAAAAUUCCAAAAGUUUUGAUAGAUUACCUUUUAUCUGAUGCUCUAUAUAGUAAAUUGGUAUUGUAUCAAGCAUCAUUCCUUUAUUCCACUGAAUCUGUGGAUGGAAAUUUCAAAACUAAAUUCUUAUUUGCUUAUAAUUAUAUUUUCAACAUUAAUAAAGCUAAAGGUUUACUGAUUUAUCAUAUAAUUAAACCUACUAUUGAUAAUGCUAUAGUUAAUAGCAAUUCCAUUAAAGUGGUGGAAAUUGCUUCCGAUAUUCAAAUUAGAGUUAUUAGUGAUAAAAGUUAUGACUUUGAACAAUUUUCCAUUGAUUCUGAUGAUUUCUUACAACAACAUGGAUUAAUGAUAAUGAAAAAAUACGAAUUCCGUAAAUUAUCUGAUUUACUUCAAAACAAAGAAGAUGGUUUAGCUUCUAGAAUCGAAUUGGAUAAUGAAAGAUUACAAGAAAUGAUUUAUAGAGCGGCUUCUUCAUAUAUUGAUAACCAUCAGUUAGAACGCUGA